CUCGAUAGAAAGGGCACCGUAGUACUUGCGGAGGCUAAAAAUGAGUUAGAACUGCAGUCUGCCACGUCUACCGCAGGAGGGCCUCUCCCCUCAUCCCCUAGUGGUGGAUCCUCGAAAAACGCCAGUCCUGGGCAUCUUCAUCCUGUGACGACUUUGAUGAGCAAGCUGAGUACCGCGCUCACUAGCGAAGAAGGCUUAGCCCUUCCACCGGGUGCAGCAGGUGUUCCUUCGAGCAUUAAGGCUGUACCGCUAUAAAGCAUGUCCUUGACAACAUCAUCCUUGGACCUUCUACUUUUUCUAGUACUACUCGGAAAAGAUGAAGCCCAAAUAAUCAUAAGGAUAUGACUCUUAAGGGAGACGCGAACGCGGUAUGAUCUCUUCUAAUGUUCCUAGUAGGGUCAUUGCGCCUCCAGGUGGAGCAGCAGGAUCAUCAUCUUCUCCUAACGCUAAAGGCGGGGGUUCUAAAAUUAAGGCUUCCCCUAAUCCAUCCCUGUAGCUGUAGACAUCCCUCAAGAAACAUAUUUAUACACCCCAAUAGAUACAAGGGACGAGAUACUGACGCAUAUGCUUGAGGGAUUUCCACAGGGAUGAAUAGGGGAGAGCUCUAAUAUAGGCCUGAGUCGAAAGACCAGCCAACAAGACUUGGGCACCCAGGAAGACGCGGAUAUCUUGGGUGCAAGCACAACUUCGUUACUAAUGAGCACAACGUCUAGCAUGAAAGGAGGACUUGGAGCUUCUACCACAUCAGGAGCCGCUAAGAUGUUGAGCAAUACUCCGCACAAGGAAGUUUCUGUCCAAGAACUGGCCACUCCAAGUAAGAACCCGAAACACAUGAGCCACUCACAACUGCAGACGUUAUUGCAUUCGCAGAAGGAAGCGUUGGGAUUACUUCGCUCCGAACAGGCUCAAGCUGAAGCACAGCAUUUGUUUCCAAGAAACGGAACAGAGCUAAAAAUUAAGGCUUAGUACAGGAAUUCCUCUUACAAGAAGCAUCUUCGUUUAGCGCCUUUUCGAAUGGAAAAACGGGGCAAAGGUGACAGACUUUCAAGAAAGAUGAAUACUGUUAUUAACUAAAAACGUCCUCUAAAACUAGCUGGAAAAAGAAGCUUCUAUCUACGCGCGCCUAUGCGCAUCUGCAGCACAACAAGCAAGUGGACGAGCACUUCAACAUUCUAG